GAGAAGAACACUUGUCUCGACAUCCUUUCCUCCUCAACUAACCCAUUUACUCUCCACAAGCAACUACACUGCGCGUCUUUGUCCGCCACCGCCACCACCAAAUGCGGUGGCCGGCCUCGAAGACUGGCGGGCUUGGCCUCAUUGCCAUAUCAUACAUCUCCAUUGACUACCUCAGCCACCUCUCGCCGGCAUGGCAUGCCCGUCUCCAGCCAGCUCUUUGGUCCCUUCUUGCCCUUGCCGCCGUCGUUCGUGUUCCCUUCUACAAGCACUGGUCCUCCGAGUUCCGUUCCGCCAUUCCAUUUCUCUCCUCCAUGCUCUUCAUGCUCGCCACUCUGCUCUUUGAAGCUCUUUCCGUUCGUUUCGUCACCGCCGUCCUCGGUCUUGAUUGGCACAGUGACACAUCUCCUCUUCCUGAUACGGGCCAAUGGCUUCUCCUGGCGUUGAACGAGAAACUUCCUCAUACUGUUGUGGAGAUAUUGAGAGCUCGGAUUAUUGGAUUGCAUCACUUCCUGAUGUUGUUCAUUAUGCUUGCAUUCUCUGUGCUGUUUGGCUCAGUAAAAGCUCCUGGACUCGGAUUAGGUGCGAGGUAUAUGUUCACCAUGGCAAUUGGCCGACUUCUUAGAGCCAUAACUUUUGUAUCUACAAUUCUGCCAUCUGCAAGGCCAUGGUGUGCCUAUACUCGAUUCCGAGUCCCAGCAUAUCCUCAUCGUUGGGCACAGAAGUACUAUGUUCCUUAUGCUGAAGAUGCUGAUACAAUUCGCCAGUUAAUAAAUCAGGACACAGCUUUUGCUGAUCCGGGACAGAUUCUUGGUGACUUCAGACCUGAUUGGGGUAAAAUGAGCUUCUUAAUAGAUUUCCUACGACCAACACCCUCUGAAGGAUCUUCUUGGUACAAUGUACUUAAGAAGGCCGGGGGUGGCUGCAACGACCUUGUAUACAGCGGCCACAUGCUCGUUGCCGUGCUCACGGCCAUGGCCUGGACGGAGGCUUAUGGAGGUCUUAGCUCAGCAGUUGUAUGGUUUUUUGUAAUACACAGCGCUCAACGUGAAAUACGAGAACGCCACCAUUACUCUGUCGAUUGUGUUGUUGCAAUAUACGUUGGCAUCCUCUUAUGGAAAAUGACUGGUUUCAUUUGGUCAGCGAAAGACGUCGUGAAACGAAAGAGGCUAGCAAAGUUGGAGAAAAUUCAAAGUAAACUGGUACAAGCUGCAAAAGAUGCAGACAUUGAUGAAGUUAGAGAACUUCUAAAAGAAAUAGAGCUAACCAGUCAAGAGAGCAACAAAGAAGACAACCGAGGCCAGAGCGGAGUAUUAUGGUUCUUUGCUUGUGCAACGAUAUUUGCUGCGUUUGUCAUCGUUCUUCUAGCGUUCACAUGGACAAGUGAUGGAUAAAUUUACUCGUAGUGAUGACACGUUCCACGGUUUCACGAACACGAACACUGGUUAUCCAAUGCGAGUUUUGUAUUGGUAUCGGACUGCUCGGACUGCUCCCUCCGCCAAAGAAUGGGGAAAAACUGAUAAUUCUUGGUUAGUUUAUUGUAGAGUGUAAUGAAUGAUGGUAUGGUUUUUGAUUGUCUUGUUUGAUAAGUUAAUUAGAAACCAUUUAUGGGUUUUGUGUUGUUAUCCA